AUGGAGCAGGCCAGGCCGUGCUGCUGCCAAUCUGUCCGGGGGUGUCACCCAGACACACAGCACAGUCAGAACGAGAACGGGACCUUGGCGGACAACGCAGCCACGCAGAAGCUGCCGGUUCUUCACCCGGUCGGGGUCGUCGUGACGGGGUUGGAGUCGAGCACCUACGUUAGCGUCUCGUCGGAGAUGCCGGAGCGCCACGCCAUCGCCCACCGCUACCAGGUGCAGAAUUUGGGGCCCCCUACUGUGCCCGUCGCUGUGACCUUUGAACUCCCCAUCCGGGCCGAACUUGGCUUCAUCUGGGACGUAUCCGUGAACCUCAGCGGUGGGGAACAGGAGUUCACAUGCACCCCGCCCCUGACGCUCCGAAUGGGGAUUGCAGCCCAGACCCCAAAGGAACCAGUGACACGCGGGUGUCUAGGGGCGUCUGUCUGCACCCGGGUCCGGUGUCAGGUGGCCUCUCUGGCCCGUGGAGAAUCCCGCAGAUUUAACUUUUCCGGGGAGCUGUACAGGCCGGAGGACGGCGCUAAGCUGGAGGCCCGCAGGCUCCAGCUCCGCAGUGAAGCUGCUGUCAGCAUCGACGAGACCAAAUACUUCCAGAUCCAGCCAGAGGAAUUCCAGUAUAGCCAGAUCACCACGGAGGUGGAGUUAAUUUCCCAUUUCAACCCGGUCCCGGUGAUUAUCGGCAGCUCCAUUGGGGGCAUCCUGCUUCUCGUCGUAAUGGUCGGGCUCCUGUAUAAGUUCGGCUUCUUCAAGCGGAAUCGGCCCAUGACCCCGGAGGAGACCCCAGGAGCGGAGCCUGUGUCUGGGGACCCGCAGGGAAACGGGGCCCCACCAGAGCCCCCCUCUGCACAGGGCUCCACUGACCCCGAGGGGGUGUCAUGACACUGUGG